AUGCCAUCCUUCUCCGACUUCAACACACGCGCCCCGUGGCGGCCGGCGGCCAGCGGCUCAGCUGAACACACGGGCGAGCUCAUUGGCGAGCGGGACGUUGCUGCCGGCGGCAGGCGAGCGAACCGCGUCUUGUAUGUCCUGCCGAGGGGAGGCUGGCGCGCCACAGUGGUCGCCUUCCCCGGCGACGCGGUGCCACACGUCGGGUGGCAUCCACUUGCGGGAGCGGCCGGACGCCACCCUCACUCUGGCGGACUGCUCGCGAUACUCCGCGAGCGGCUGCGCGGCAGCAGCGGCCGACUCGCCGACGCUGGGCUGUUCGUGGUGGAGCCCGCUCGGGUGGAGAGCAGCGGAGCGGCCGUGUACGAGAACCUCCUACAGUCAUGCACGGCCACGGGCGAGCCGCUCGGCUACUCCAGCACGGGGCGCAGGGCGGCGACGCACCUCGCCGCGCUGCUGGAGGCGGCGGCCGAGGCCGCGGGCGCGCAUGGCGGCCCACCGCAGGCCGCGCAUGGCCCACUCGUCGUGCUCACCUUCUCCAAGGGCUGCGUCGUCGCCAACCAGCUGCUCACGGAGCUCGCGCUGCCGACGGGCGGCAACGACACGGAGAGCGCCGGCGCGCGGCUGCUCGGCGCCCUCGCCGAGGUGCACUACCUCGACGCCGGCCUGCAGUGCCGCGGCGCACACCUCACCGACCCGGCCGUCGCCGCUGCCCUCGGCAAGAGGAGCGCGCCGCCGCGCGUCGCGCUGCACGGCACGCCGAGGCAGUGGCGGGACCAAAGCCGACCGUGGCUCGCGGAGGAGAAGGCGCGCAGCGCGGCGCUGCUCCGCGACAGCGGGCUGCGCGUGGUAGAGCGCGAGUACCUGUCGCAAGAGCGCCCCUCGUUGCACAUGCAUUUCCGCUGCGUCGACCUUUUUGAACUGGACUGCUUUGCGGGCUGUGGGGAGGACAGUAAAGCCGGGGCACACUCAGAAAAGCGUGACUAG